AAUCCAUAGGAGAUGACGUUGCCAAGUUUGAAAAGGGCAGGAACAAUCCUUGGCUUCACAUCAGUACAUGAGAAAACAUUCCACAAAGCCUGAGGGAAGGAGGCCCAUAUGAGAAGAAAAAAAAAAACACUCGAACCCAGAGAGAAUAUAAAGACGAGCAAAGUGCUGGAGGUGGAGUGUGGGUACCAUCAGCAGAGAGAUUGUCCCGACAGAGAGGCAAUUCUAUUCCCUACCAACAUGAAGCUGUUGCUGCUGCUGCUGUGUCUGGGCCUGACCCUGGUCUGUGGCCAUGAAGAAGAAGCUAGUUUCGAGAGAGGGAACCUCGAUGUGGACAAGCUCAAUGGGGAUUGGUUUUCUAUUGUCAUGGCCUCUGACAAAAGAGAAAAGAUAGAAGAGAAUGGCAGCAUGAGAGUUUUUGUGCAGCACAUCGAUGUCUUGGAGAAUUCCUUAGGCUUCAAGUUUCAUAUUAAGGUAAAUGGAAAGUGCAGGGAACUCUAUUUGGUUGCCUACAAAACGCCAAAGGAUGGCAAAUAUUUUGUUGAAUAUGACGGAGGGAAUACAUUUAAUAUACUUAAGACAGACUAUGACAGAUAUGUCAUGUUUCAUCUCGUUAAUUUCAAGGACGGGGAAACCUUCCAGCUGAUGAAUCUCUUAGGCAGAACAAAGGAUCUGAGUUCAGAUAUCAAGGAAAAGUUUGCAAAACUAUGUGUGGCGCAUGGAAUCACUAGGGAGAAUAUCAUUGACGUAACCAAGACUGAUCGCUGUCUCCAGGCCCGAGGUUGAAGAAAGGCCUGAGCCUCCAGAGUGCCUCUCUGUCCAGAAGUCAAUCCAAGAAGUGCUUAAUGGGUUCCUGUAUUCUUUCUUCCUGGAUUACUCAGUGCUGAGUGGAGACUUCUCACCAGGACUCCAGCAUCACCAUUUCCUGUCUAUGGAGCAUCCUGAGCCAAAUUCUGCGAUUUGAUUUCCAUCUUGUGUCACAGAAAAGUGCAAUCCUGGUCUCUCCAGCGUCUUCCCUAGUUACCCAGGACAACACAUCGAGAAUUAAAAGCUUUCUUAAAUUUCUCUUUGCCCCACCCAUGAUCAUUCCGCACAAAUUUCUUGCUCUUGCAGUUCAAUAAAUGAUUACCCUUGCACUUAAAUGUAUGUCUAUGUGUCCAGAGGGCUAACCCAUGAGAGAAAGAGGGGACCUCCUUAGUCCUGUACCCAAGAUCCUUCCUCAUGUCCCAGAAUCUAAUCUGAGUCUCAGGAUUUCACCACCUCUGGAGCCGUCCCAAGACCUGAUGAAUGCUCUCUAGGGCUCCUGCCUUAGAGGCUUUAUAAGGACCAUAGACG